GCGGAGCUGCCUGUCCGGAGUUUUGCGUUCUGCUUCAUCUGAACAGUCCUGAGCAGGACGGGCAGCAGCUGCUUUUAGGGUAUGAUGAUGACGAAGAAGAAUUUUGGAAAAUGAACAUUCAACUUAAGUAACAACAAUAACAAAAUUAUGCUCAGCUUGAACAAAGAAAUCAGAGAGACUGGAUGAAAACAUUUAACAUCUCAGUGAUUAGAAAAGGAAAUUCUGCUUGCCCUUACUUUUGUGAACUCUACAUAAUCUACAGAAUUUUGUGUAUGGGUCUGUGAUUAUUUUUGUUAAGAUGACUCAAUCAAUACAUCUCAAUCAAAAUCUACCAGACUUAGGGGGUCCCUUUUUAUAUCGGGACCAGGAUGAAAAUGAAAAGACAGCAUAUUCUGUUGAGACUCCAUAUGGCUUCCAGCUUGAUUUGGAUUUUCUGAAAUAUGUUGAUGACAUUCAGAGUGGUCAGACUUUAAAAAAGGUGCCAGUUUAUCGCAAACCAAGAGUACCACGACAGUCAACAUCAUCUCUAAGGAGCCCAUCCUGCCAGACAGGCGGCUGGACGUCCACUGAAUCACUAACUUUUAGCGAUGAUGGAAGAUCAAGCAAUGUAUUUUUCCCAAGAGUUAGAACACAAUCCAAUUCCUCAGAUAACAAGGAAAUGUUAAGCUUUCCAAAGUCCAAUCCAGUUUCUCCUACACCUGUUAUAAGCUUACUUCCCCCUCCUUCUCCAAAAUCUCUUUUGAGAAACCAUCGUGUCGAGAAGACUUUGGAAGAAACAAGCAAAAGGCUUGAGCAAGAGCAACUGAAUUUACAAGGGGCAGAAGGACAAAUCAGGACAUGUUCAUCUACAAGUCUUUCUAAGCUGGGUGUUUCUAGCACAAGUUCACCCAAUCUGUCUCAGCUACCACAAAAUUUACCUCUUAACAAAGUUGGUGAAAGUCAUGGAAUACUUAGCCCAAGCUUUUCAGGAUCUGUGAAAAUCAGCCCUGUCAAUUCUGGAAGAAGUACUCCAGCUAUGAUUUCUUCAUCUCAUCUACAUUAUGUUCGGGAACAAAUGGCUGCUGCCCUCAAGCAGCUAAAGGAUCUUGAAGAGCAGGUGAAGGCCAUUCCCAUUUUAGAGAUGAAGAUUUCUACUCUGGAAAGUGAAAAGAAACAGCUUUUAGCUGAUCUUGAGAAGAAGCAGGAAAUUGUUCCUCUGGAAAGAUCAUUCAGUGCUGUCAAUUGCAACCUUAACGAAAGUUGCUCUGAGCAAAAUAUUGAACUACCUUCUGAAACAGAAAAUGAGCUAGAGACAAGUAAAUUAAGAACAAAUAAAAUUGCAGAACUAAAAAGACUUACAGAAAAAUUAGCUGUUCCAGAGAGAAAUGUGAAAAUGAGUAGGACUGGGGCUAGCAAAAUAACCAGUCCACCAAAGGUGAUGGAAAGACGUUCCAAGUCAAUAGCAGUGGGUGAGGAGAUGGACAUGAAUGAUGUUGUGUUUUAUUAUAGAUCUCAAAACACAAACAGGGAAGUGGCGGUAGGUUGUGAAAGAGAAACAAAAGAUGCUGAAGUUUGGGUGAUUGAAUCAUUGUUGGGAAUGACAUGUGAGGCAGAAAAAGAGAUUGAACUUCUUCAGCAUACAGUAGACCACCAAAGAGGGGUUAUUGGCUUAUUGGAAGGCCACCUGAAGGAAGCAGCAAAUGAAUUGGAAGAAUUAAGGGUGGCAGUUUACUCUAGGAGACAGAAAGACAUGGCAGACAAAGAGGUUAUGGCGCAUCCUCAAACACUGGAAACAGCUUCUGAAGCAGUGGUUUCUAUGCUCAACCAGGCAUCUGGAGAACAUUUGAAAAUGGUUGAUGCAGGAGUUAAUUGUUGUUCAGAACUGUCUUGCAUUGCAGUCAGCUGUGUCUCAGAAGCAAAGGAAGUUGCAGUUGGCACAGAUCAGAUGUUAGGAUAUCAGGAAAAAAGCACUCAGGCUAAUUUGGAAAAAAACACUGAAGUGCAAUCCUCUAUGAGUAGCACCAUAAUAGAAGCUAUAAGUAUGCCAAGAAGUGACUUAAUUUUAAAAUCCAAAUGUAAGAUGACUUUGUUGGCACAGGAUGAGGUGGAUGUUGCUAAGAAUAACCAGGAUAUCACAAAGCAUGUGGAAAAGUGUGAUAAGACAGAAGAAAGUAUUACAGUGGCAGGAAAGGUCACAGCACUCAACUUGACCACAGAAGGGGGAGAUGAGCAUUGUUUAAUUAUUCAGAACUCAGGAGAGCAACCAGAGGAUAAUGAUACUCAGAAGGGAAGUGUUGCAGAAGAAGACACAAGUAUGGCCAAUUUUGGUAAUCGUGGAGCACUUAAAUCAAUCAUGAAAAACAAGGACGGUGCUUCCAAAAGUCAAAUAAAUCGAGAGAAGAAAAGUCUUCAGUUUGUGGGCAUAUUAAAUGGAGAAUAUGAAAGUACUUCAAGUGAAGAAUCUAGUGACAAUGAAGGUGACAGCUCUUCAGACAAAGUGUCAGAGGACAGCUCUGACAGUGAGGCAUUAAACUAUGAGGACACCUCAGAGGAAGAGAUGAAUGUCAACAUGCAGGAUACAGACAGUGAUAUAGAGGACUGUGCAGUGGAAGAGAAGAGAAAAGAGGAAAAAGUAAAGAAAAGGAAAGAUAGGGAAGAACAACCAACUCAACAUGACACUAAAAAGAGCUGUGUUCUGAGUCAGAAGAUGCAGGAGGCCUGUCUGGUGGUCAGUAUUCAUUUAUGUGAACCGAAUGCUGUGAAAACAAAACAAUCUCUGGCCAGUUCCCACAUUGUGCAACAAGAGUGGUUUCGAGCCUCCAGUCAGAAAUCCUCUGUGGCGGAAACUGUGGCGGCAUACCUCAAAGCUUUUAUGGAUAUCUCCCCAGAAAUGUUAAGCCAUGUUGUAAAUCUUACUGAUGGAAAUGGGAACACAGCCCUUCACUAUAGUGUUUCUCACUCCAACUUCUUCAUUGUGCAGUUGCUGCUGGACACUGGAGUUUGCAAUGUUGACCGACAGAAUAAGGCAGGCUACACUGCAAUCAUGUUAGCCGCCCUAGCAGCUGUGGAAAAGGAAGAUGACAUGAAUGUUGUGAGCAGGCUGUUUAGCUUGGGCAAUGUUAAUGCUAAAGCCAGUCAGGCUGGACAGACAGCACUGAUGCUUGCAGUGAGCCAUGGUCGGCAGGAAAUGGUGCAGGCGCUGCUUGCCUGUGGAGCCAAUGUUAACCUUCAGGAUGAUGAGGGAUCAACAGCACUGAUGUGUGCAAGUGAACAUGGCCGAGCAGAGAUUGUGAAGUUGCUGCUAGCACAAACAGAUUGUGAUGUGUCCAUUACAGAUAAUGAUGGAAGUAACGCUUUAUCUAUAGCACUGGAAGCUGGACAGAAUGAUAUUGCUAUGUUAUUAUAUGCCCACGUAAAUUUCUCCAAAGUACAGUCUCCGAGCUCGGAUGUAUUAGCAAUGGGUAAAGCCUCAAGCAGCCAUGGGAAACCUGAAUAAAUGGAAUGAACAUGGACUUUUAGACUUACCUUGGCCAUUAUUGACUGCAUAUACAAAUUUUUUUUAAAAAAGCACAUUAUGUGACAAAUGUAUAGCAAACAAAGUACAAAUACACAAUUAUAUAAUGUACUCUUUUUUUUAAACAUGACUCUUGUGGUCACUAAGUUAUUUUUUUAGGUUAAGAUCUUUGUUAUGGCAGUGUGCAGCUCAGCCCAUCUCAGCACAGUAAGUGGAGCUGUUAAGGAGAGGUCAAAGCAUUUAGGGGUGCUCCUGCUAUGAGGCAAGGUCUGAACCUUGUCUCAGGCGGUAGCACGCCACAAGUUACCAGGCCUGCAAAAUGCCACUUUUGGUAACAUUAAGAAUUGAAUUUCCAGUUAUUAAACCAGAAAUUAAGCUCUUCUAGUGCAGCAGUUGUGCUCUGUGCACUAGUGAUGUGGCCCCACUGUAAAGGUAAGCACAGGGCGGCUUUGGGGCUAGAAUCACCCAUGAAAGCACUAACUUCUUGACAUAAAAGGUGAAAGUAUAUUGUAACUAUGAUGCAAACUGGUAUGGGUACACAUACCUCAUUUAUAAAUAGUGAUUAUCUUCCAUUUCUUUCUACUUUAAAAAUUAAAUAUACAUUUAUUAUUUAAUUUAUGCUUUAAUUUAUACUGGUUAAGAGCCACAGUAGUCCAGUAAUUGCAGGGGCACCAAGAACUUGUAUUAAUAAACUUGCCUUGAAAUUGCUUACCGUAUUCACACGCUGCAACCUCGUUCUAAACAGCUGUAAUUAUCCUGGCAGUGUAAGGAGAAACUCUGUCAUAAAGUAAGAUAGGUCCUCUGUUAUUAGACAUUAAGGAAAUAGAAAUAGUCUGUGUUACCCAUAAAUGGAUUCCUCCAUGCCAUCUUAAAAAUCUCCUGUGAACAGCUUUACACAACAUUACUAUUGUUUUAAGCAGACUCAAACAUUUUGGAUUCUGAUGAAAUUAACAAUAUAGGCUAGUGUCAUACAUUGUGAUAUCUGCUGGGAUAAAUAAACAUAAAAGUAUGCAUUUUUACAACAAAAUCCAACUAAUGUGUGCGCUUACAAACUAAUACUGCUCCUCCUAGUGCAUUGUAAAGGGAUGGAAUGCAACAGAUCACAAACGUGUCGCACUAGCCUUGAGGAUAAAAUCAGUGGAAGAUAUUCCCUAUUUAUAAAGGGGCCGUAGUUUUUUAAAGGAUAAGAAAAAAUUGCCAAAUGAUAAGGUUUCCAAGGGAGCACCAUGGAGUGAUUUUCUUCUUUUGCUUUGUUGUUCUUUAGUGGCCCCGGCCGGCACAUUUGCAGUAAAGUGAAAAUGCAGGCUUUUUGCUUAAAGUUUAGCUAUUCACUCUACUGCAUGUGCACGCCUGGUGCAAAGCAGAAGCAGGAAGAAGAUCGCUUAGUGAUGCUUGUUCAGAAAUACCCCUGGCCAUUGCAGGUUUCUGCUAACAGGAGCACUGGCCUGAGGUAUUAGGUGAGUGAUUAUAAUCACUGGGAGUGCCUAUUGUUUGGCACCCCCCCAUGAUUUAUACUUCUUUCUAGCAGUAGGAAAGGUUAUCACUGGGAGUGCCAACGUUUUAGGCACCCCCCCCCCUUCCCCCAGUGAUUUUAAUUGCUUACCUGAAACCCUGGGCUGGUUAUCCUGUUUAUUAAAGACUGCUCCACACAGGGUACUGUGCUAAAAGCAACACCUCUUUGGCGCCUGUCUGUAUGUGCAUGCACAGUAUGGUUAAAGCUCAGGCGCACUGUUCUGGGGCCAAACAGAAAGAUGCAGAAAAAGAUUGCAGUGUGGUGCUGUUAUAGAAGUACACCAAUCUGGUGCGGUUUUCAGCAUACAGGGGCACCGUCCCAAGGUCUCAGAUAAGCCAUUCUAAUAUACUGGGGGUGCCUAACAUUUGGCACCCAUACAGUCAUUAUACCUCCUUUUAAAACACAAGACUGUUGCCACUGCACUAAGAUAUUGAUAUUUAAGCUGCAUGACAAUAUGUAUUGUUUUUGCAUACUAAUACCACUAUUCUGAAUUCCAUGUAUUGUGCCGUAUUGCAAACAGUCCUACCCCACUUUAUUUAUACAUACUGAUAACUUUUUUGGAAAAAAUAAAAGCUAUUUGUUUUA